AUGAGAAUCGCCGAGAUCUCCACGCCGGACUUCCGCCAGCUCCACCGGGAAACCGAAUCUCACACUCACCACCCCCUCCUCUCCGAGAUCGAGCUCCUAAUCAAACAAUCCGAAUCCAUCUCCAAAGACCAGCCGCUACCGCAAUCUCUCCCUUCUUCCCUCAGACAAUCCCUAACUCGUCUGAGUCAACUCGCUCCUCUCCCCGGUAACUCCUUCAACCUCACCGUAUGGAAGCUCAGCUUCCGCCUCUGGAACGCCUGCGUCGAUCUCUCCAACGCCGCCGCGCUCCGAUCCUCCUCCUCCUCCGCCGAGAGCAUCGCGAAUCUCAGACAUGUCGCCGCCGAUAUGCUGUUUCUCGCCGGAGACGUCACCGGAGUUCCGUCUCCGACGAUCAAGUCCUCGCUCUUCUACUAUAAGACGGGUCUCGUGUGGCACGGCCUCGAGAAAUUCGAUCUCGCCUCCGAUUGCUUCGAGCGAGCGACGGAGAUCCUCUCGAAGAUCGAUAUAGGGAGAGUCGCCGACGCGGGAGAGAGGAAGCUGUUUCUUGAUCUGAACCUAGCGCGAUCUCGAACCGCCUGGGAGGUUUCCGAUCGGAAUCUGGCGGUUACGCUGCUUAAUCGAGGGAAGAAGAUGCUGUUCGGCUCACCGGAUCAUUAUAAGUCGUUAUCGAAUCAGUUCCUCGCGUUUGGUAAAAGCGCGUUGUCGAGAGAGGACGAUGAUUGCAGUUUAAACGAUGCGUUAAGGCUUAUGAACGAGUCGUUGGAGCUUUGUGAGAAAGGGAUGGGUACCGCGAAGACUAGGGAAGACACUAUGGAGUUCACGAGCAUGAGGAUCAAAACGCUGCGUUUUAUAUCGGCUGUGCAUUUGCAAAAGGGAGAGUUUGAGAGUGUGAUAAAAUGCGUGAAAGUUCUCAGGAAUGGAGGUAAUGGCAGUAGUGAUGGAGCAGAUCAACACGCUUCGUUACCUGUGCUGGCGAUGAAGGCUUGGUUAGGGCUUGGUAAGUAUAGCGAGGCGGAGAAAGAGCUGAGAGGUAUGGUGGGGAAUAAAGACAUUCCGGAGACGGUGUGGGUAUCUGCUGUGGAGGCUUAUUUUGAAGUUGUGGGGACUGCUGGAGCAGAAACUGCAAAAGGUGUGUUCUUAGGUUUGCUUGGAAGGUGUCAUGUUAGUGCGAAGGCGGCGCGUAGAGUGGCUCAUCGGGUUCUUGGUGAGAGUAGGGGAGGAGAUAGUGGUUCGAGGAUUAGAGCGAAUGUUGUGGCUCAGCUUGUUUCAGACGAGAGGGUUAUUGCUCUCUUUGCUGGUGAAGAUGUGACUAAGGAGAGGAAGGCAUUACAUUCUGUUCUGUGGAAUAGUGCUUCAGCUCAUUUCGGUGCUAAAGAUUUUGAGACAAGCGCAGAGAUGUUUGAGAAAUCGAUGCUCUAUAUUCCACAUGAUAUAGAAAAUAGAGUUUUCAGAGCAAAAGGGUUCAGGGUUUUGUGUCUUUGCUACCUCGGGCUCUCUCAGCUAGAUCGAGCUCAUGAGUACAUAGAAGAAGCUGAAAAGCUUGAGCCCAAUAUUCAUUGCUCUUUUCUCAAGUUCAAGAUUUACCUGCAGAGGAAGGAGCACAGUAGUGCCAUCGGUCAAAUCGAUGCAAUGUUGUCAUGCCUUGAUUUUUCUCCACAUUAUCUGUCCCUUGCAGCGCAUGAAGCUAUCUCUUGCCAAGCGCUUCCAGUUGCUGUUGCUUCUCUUUCCAAGUUCCUCAGUUUCUAUACCUCAGGGAAAACCAUGCCAACCACAGAGGUCGUUGUCUUCCGUACCUUAGUCACUAUACUGACCCAAGACGCUGGCAGUGAAACAGAAGCUCUUGACUUUAUGUUGCAAGCUCAGAGCAGGGCAUCUAAGCUUGGGACAGAGUGUUUCUUUGGAUCAGGAGAAACUGGAAAGCGAGAACUGAAGUGGUUUGCUCUGACUUCCUGGAAUCUGGGGUCAAGGUGUGGGGAUGCAAAGAAGUAUGAGCUCUGUGGUGAAUUCUGUAGGCUGGCAUCAGAAUUUUACAGCUGUUUGGAUACUGUUGAGUCUGGAGAAAACACGGUGAUGAUUUUAAGGUCCCUGGUAUUAAGCGUCACAGCUAUCAUUGCUUUGGAAAAGCAAAACAAGAGCACACUGACUGAAACCCAAGUGAAACUCGCUGCAGAAUUGCUCGUGAGAGCCGGAAAGAUUAUGUCUUCUUUGCUCUCGGAUGGUAAAGACUGUAUCAUGGAGCCAGAACUCAUCUUCAUGUACACUUUAACAGCCUAUGACAUACACGGGAGGCUCAACAAUUCAGCCUUACAGCUACUUGUGGUAAAGACUUUUGCUGGUUCCAAGUCUUGUAACUACAAUUACCUUCUCCAACUUGGAAUUUUCGCUUCUCAAAACCCACGAUCCAACCCAGACGUGUCAACAUUUGCUCUAAACGAAUGCCUAUCCGCACUGAUCGCAUCUCCUUCACCAGAUUACCCAACCAUAGCUCUCAUAAUCCGUAAGUUGAUAGGCUUAUCCAGCGUCCAAAAAGGCAAUACAGAGGAUGGAGAAGCAAUCCAAAAGAUGUAUAAACAAGCAUACAGAAUCAUGGUUGGGUUAAAGGAAGGGGAGUACCCAACUGAUGAAGGGAAAUGGCUUGCAACGACAGCUUGGAAUCGAGCAGCUUUGCCAGUGAGGCUAGGACAGUUUGAGAAUGCUAAAAAAUGGCUGAGUAUUGGUUUGGAGAUCGCUGAGAAGGUUUCGGGUAUGGAUACUUAUAAGGCUUGUAUGGAGGAUUUCUUGGCUGGUUUUCAGGCCAAAGUUUCUUCUGCAGCAGAUGACAGGAUUUAGUUUCACUCGUAGUAACGGUCUACAUAGUUUUACAACUACAUCACACCCAAAACGGCAAAACCGUUGGGCUUUGACUACUAUAUAGAUGUGAUCUGCACACAAAUACUUAGUGUAAAUGCGGCAUGACCAAACAUGGCA